AGAACCUUGAGUAAAUUCUACCCUGCGUGAGGGCUAACAGGCACAACAUUAAAUCAGGCUACAUCAGCCCUAAGAAAACCUAACAAACCAGGCUCCAACCAAUCCAUAGUCCUCUUAUAUCUUGUUUGAACGUUCACAGGACGGUCCGCUUUGAGAGGCUUUUACGGGGCAGGAUUGAGCCUGUGGAUUAAAAUCGCGGGAAUCAAACGUCUUCCUCGCAGUACCGUGAACCCACGUCUACUUCCGCUGUGGUCAGUGAGCGACGUGCUGUCAGCGCCGGAUCUGGACCUGGACACAUCAACAGGGGAUACACACUUUCUCUCCGUAGCCCCUCUCCUCUGUGAAUACCCCCGCUGCUCGCUGCUACCUACCAGAAUGAAUGUGGGUGUGGCACACAGUGAGGUGAACCCAAACACUCGGGUGAUGAACAGUCGAGGGAUCUGGCUGACGUAUGCACUUGGUGUUGGAAUACUUCACAUUGUGCUCUUGAGCAUACCCUUCUUCAGUGUGCCAGUGGUGUGGACUCUUACUAAUGUCAUUCACAACUUUGGAAUGUAUGUGUUCAUGCAUGCGGUGAAAGGCACACCUUUUGAGACCCCAGACCAAGGAAAAGCAAGACUUCUUACACAUUGGGAACAGCUUGAUUACGGCGUGCAGUUCACUUCAUCUAGAAAGUUCUUCACCAUCUCCCCGAUCAUUCUAUACUUCCUGGCAAGUUUCUACACAAAGUAUGACACAACACACUUUAUCAUAAACACUGCCUCACUUUUGAGCGUCCUGAUUCCCAAGCUGCCACAGCUACAUGGAGUAAGAAUUUUCGGCAUCAACAAGUAUUAAGACAUUGUAAAUGCUGUGUCUCAUAGCAACCACAGUUAAUUCCUAUGUGGUCUGUACCACUGAUGUGUAUACCGAGUCGUAUAGUUUGUGUAAAUGCCACUGUUGUCAUUAGAAUUUUCAGUUUGAACAUGAAAUGUUUAAGAGAACAGGAGUAUGUUUGUAGAUGACAGGAUGCAAUAUGCAUUACUAACUUAUGUGAAUAUUUAAUGAUGUAUUUUUGGCCUGCGUAGACCUGGGCUGGCCCAGGCAUCAGUCAGGCUUUUGCUUUAGUUCAUAUUUUCCUUUCUUUGCCUUCAAGUCAUAUGUGAGUAUUUGCAAAGAUGUCCCCAAUGUAUUUUUCAAAGAUGUUUACUUCUUGGGGGUUGGAGCCUGUGGCUCGUUUAUUGGUACACUCUCAUUUUGUAAUGGGCGUCAAAUUUGUUCGUCCUGAGUGAAGAAUGGAAUCAUAUUCUUUCUUUGCAUGAUUUCCUUGGUAUGUGAAUAUUUCUCACUUGUGACUCAAUCAAAACCGGGAAAUAUUUUCAUUGUACAGUUUUUUUUGUGUGAAUGUUAUGUCCCGUUUGUCAAAAUAAAAGUCCUGUAUGUGGAAAUGAGGCAAAUUAUUGUUGUCAGGUAAAGUGUUUCGUAAGUCAGGUCUGUAGUGUCCUGUGAUAAAUUAACUCUGACGUACAGUGCAUUUAGAAUGUAUUCAGACCCCAUCACCGUUUUCACUUGUUAUUUUGCUUUCCAAUGCUAAAUAAA